AAUUAGCAGCGUUUAGCAGCUGCACUGGAGCACUUUGAUAUUCAAGCUUUGAACUGAAUAUGUGGCAGAUAAGAAGAGAACCGAAGAGAGACACAACACCUGCGCUCAAUCUGCAGUUGCAGCACGAAACAAACCAAAUUUUAAUCCGUAUCCUAAAUAACUAAGCCCAUUUAGAAAAAAAUAGUUUUAAAAGCAUGUGUUCAACUUUUACAGAUUAUUUACAAUUUUUUUUAUUUUCAAUUUUUUUACACAAAGAAACUUUUUGGCACAAGAGAAACACAAUGACCAAAUGACCUUUCUCGUGCUGUGACGCUUCUCUGUUGAACCGCAAGGUGCGCUUCAAUUAAGUGGCGUGACGCAGACAGGCGUGCGGGACGAGUCGGGGUCUCUCCGUGGGCGCACUCAGAGCGCGCGCACCUGCGUGAGCCCGGCAGCGUCCGCGAUCGAGGAGCCAACCGCAGCCCGCGCGCGAGAGGAGCUGCUCCUCCGCCCGACAGCGACCGCGAGGGAGGGAUUUUGCACGCGCCCGGCGUUCUGCAAUGACUUACUGCCCAUUUCCGUCGGAUUUACAAACUAUGACGAGCUGUCGGUUCGGCGCGGAGCAGCUGUGACCAUCGCGUCCGGACGGACGGACGGACGCCGCCGCGCACGCUCCCCUCGCACAUCCGCACUUGUUGUCGCCCCGUGGGAAACAUGACAUCCAAUUUCGUGGCACAUGUCCUACUCCUGUCCGCACUGUCUACCUGCUCUUUAACAAUCGAGUACGACGAGGACUACGAGGACGUCACAGUGAACCAAAUGCUGGCUCCUAAAUCCCAGGAAACCGACGCCACGGAAAUACUCAACAAUUUACUGAAAGAAUAUGACAAGAAGCUGCGACCGGACAUCGGAGUUAAACCAACUGUCAUAGAUGUGGACAUAUUUGUGAACAGCAUCGGACCAGUGUCGUCAAUAAAUAUGGAAUACCAGAUCGAUAUCAUCUUUGCCCAGACGUGGACAGACAGCCGCCUCAGAUACAACAGCACCAUGAAAAUACUCACCUUGAACAGCAAUAUGGUCGGCCUCAUCUGGCUCCCGGACACCAUCUUCAGGAACUCCAAGAACGCAGACUCCCACUGGAUCACCAUGCCCAACCAGCUGCUACGCAUCUGGAAUGACGGGAAGAUCCUUUACACCCUGAGACUGACGAUAAACGCAGAAUGCCAGCUGCAGCUGCACAACUUCCCGAUGGACGAGCAUUCCUGCCCACUCAUCUUCUCCAGCUACGGAUACCCACGAGAUGAGAUGAUCUACAAGUGGAGGAAGAACUCUGUGGAGGCGGCCGACCAGAAGUCCUGGCGUCUCUACCAGUUCGACUUCAUGGGCCUGAGAAACACCACGGACAUAAUCCAGACGACGGCCGGGGACUACGUGGUGAUGACGGUGUACUUCGACCUGAGCAGGAGAAUGGGCUACUUCACCAUCCAGACCUACAUCCCCUGCAUCCUCACCGUGGUCCUGUCCUGGGUGUCCUUCUGGAUCAAGAAGGACGCCACACCAGCCAGAACGGCUCUAGGGAUAACCACCGUUCUGACCAUGACCACCCUCAGCACCGUGGCCAGGACGUCCCUGCCCAGAGUCUCCUACGUCACCGCCAUGGACCUGUUCGUCACCGUCUGCUUCCUGUUUGUCUUCGCCGCCCUGAUGGAGUACGCCACCUUGAACUACUACUCGUACAGCACUCGGCGGCCGGGCUGCAGGGAGCCUAAAAGACCAAACUACUCGGUGCUGGAUGUGAGAGCCCCGCACACCGUCAUCGCCUUGAACAACUCCAUGUACUGGCAGGACUUCGAGGACGCCUGCGUGUACGAGUGUCUGGACGGGAAAGACUGCCAGAGCUUCUUCUGCUGCUUCGAGGAGUGCAAGGACGGCGCGUGGCGGAGAGGCCGCGUCCACAUAGACCUGCUGGAGCUGGACGCCUACUCCCGCGUCUUCUUCCCCACGUCCUUCCUGCUGUUCAACAUCGUCUACUGGGUGGGCUACCUGUACCUUUAGCACACGGCAGGAGGCUGCUGGUCACGUUGAAACGGGGGGGGAACAGCACAAUUUCACUAAAGGAGUUCAAGUUUAAUCAAGGAAAACCAAAUAACUCUUUCCUGCAGUACCUGAAGCGUUUACACGGGAUAAAGGAGCAGAUUUUUGCUUGUGUGACUUCAGGUAUGACGCAUCACUGAUUCCCUUCCUGUGCUGGCGGAGCGAGGACAGGGUAGACUGUGUGUGUGGGAUGAAACAAGGAAGGAAACACACGUUCUAUCAGUUAGACAUUAUUAUCCAGCCAUCAGUCAAAUCCAGACGAUCAACAUCCAAGGACAUUCAAACCAUUUCUAGUGCCUUCCUCUGGAGGGGUAGAUACUGUCGCUACAGUGAUCAGGGAAUAACAAUUCACAAAAUAAGAGCUUGGCUUUGACUGAUUAUGGCUGAUUGUACUCUGAGCUUGGAGGUUCAUUUCUAAAGCAGCCAUUUGUCGCAGCAAACACAUUACAGGGGGCCCUCAUGGCUUCACGCUGACUCAUUCCUCCUGCUUGAACGCUACCGCUAACCCUGUACAGUCUGACAAACAAGCAGGAAGGAGAAUGUCUGCUUGAAGCAGCAGAAAGGCUUCUACGUAGGUUAGGAAUGAGCCUCCACCAGUCAGCUUUGGAUCACGACAGUUUGUCGGCCUUCACGUUAAGCUUCACGUUCAGCUGAGUGAAUAAGUGACUUUCUCCGUCGACACGAAAGGUUUGAGUGGUCGUAUGUUGAACCUGAAUUCAAUGACUUGUUUGAAGUUGAGCCAAGGAUUCAGCUGAUUCAGACACUGUGGGACGAAGCACGCAGGGAACGCAGGCAGCCGUCCACCGCCGCCAGCUGCUGUUUCUCUGUGUUUGCAGCAUCCAUCGAUGAAGGCGACGUUGCUCCCGAUCGCCCUGGAUGAGCCGCUUCGUUUGUGCGUCGCAGCGAGCACAAACACAAUAAUCUCCACUCGUUAGGACGUCUCGCCUCCGUUUGGCAGCGAUCGCCCGCCGCCCUGAAGCACCGGUGAUGUGUUCACGGACAGAAUGAUGGUUUUAAUAGGAACUGUUUGCACCCUGAUUUGAUUUGCUUGCCAUUAGCUGCCAUUGGAUCAUCUCAGUGGCCCAACCAGAGCUAAUGCAUAUUUACCUCUGAUAAUAAGCUCAGUUCGGUGAAGGCCACUUCUUUGCCUUGGGCAGCAGAUCUAAUGUUUUCUUUUUAUUGUCUUUGCUACGUCUGCACCCCCUAAAAUUGUUCAUUCACUGACCACGAAGCACAUUACACAGUGGAAGAAUAUGACGUACAGUGUAGUUCACAUGACGCUGGCUCUGAGAGAAGCGGAGUAUUUAUUUGCGGGGCUGAUGCAGUGGAUGUUAAGCUGAACCGUCAUUAUUUCCACCAGGAGAUAAGAGUGCAAAGUGCCGCCUACUGUGCCUGCAGACCAACAGGAUGCUGAAUGGAAGCAGCUCGUUGUGUCUCCUCAACAAGCACAAACAGAGGUUCUGUUCGUUCCCUGGCAUUCACAGGAACCCGUUUCACACACAAUCACCGCCAGACGUCAGCUGCCACGUGUUGUCGCAGUUCCGUGGUGCGUUCAUGAGCCGCGCGGGCUUGUUGGUUCCAGAUGUGGGCGCGCCGCGAUGCAAUAAGGUUUUCCGAGUGGUGCUAUACUUUACAAUAAGUCUUAUUGUAUUUCCACGUUGAUGUAAAAUAGUAUCGAGUGGUUUUUUUUUGUUUUCUUUUUGAGUCGUUGCUAAGAGGAGAUGACGGAGAUCCCUGGCUCACUUUCACCAGCUGAGUCACCAGGACGCGUGAAGCGUGUCUCUGCCAAAUGGGCCCAGACUGUUAAAAUCAUACAGGCUGUCGAGUAAACGCUCGCUCGUCUCGCUCCGUGUUGUGGGGAAACACUGCAGCGACGGAGGCAAGACGGCUUGAAGGUUUGAAUCAGGAAGACAAAGUUCAUUCUGACCACGUUCCUGUAAUAUCUCAUGUAAACUACUUAAAAGACGUUUCAUGUGCCUGUUACUGUAUGUAGAUCGCACAUAAGGUUCUGUGUUGCUCCGUUCUGUUCUGUUUUCUAUGUCCGUUUGAUUAGGCCUCAUGAAACAUGUGGACGAACUGAUUGAGAGUUUAAAGUCACACAGCGGGUUUUUCUGUCUGCCUUUACGCUCAGAAGACGCUCGUUGUUGGUUCCACCUCCAACCCAAACCCCCUCCUAUCACACGUUCCUACAAAUGUUCAGCCCAUCCUGCUGGAUACGAGACCUCAACAGGCUGGUCACCGGUGUCUCGUUCUCCACUUACUGAUACAUCAUGCGUUUGUGGACUGCAGACAGGCUUCUGCAUCCAUGGUGCCUUCACACCCGGCACGAACACUUAAGCCCCUUAGUCCUGUGCACAGUGUGUUGAUGGCAGCCUGGAUGGGCCAAAUGUAGAGCGCACUGACCACAGAAUAUAUGUGAUAUGUGAUGUAAACACAAACGACACAAUUCAUAUCCAACUAUUAUUUUGUGCUUUUUAGGAUUCUCUCACCUGUGUUGUACAGUACGUUGCUUUAAAACGCUGUCACCUGUUACAUCAGGAGUAUUUAGCCUUUGUAUGAGUGUGAUGCAGGCAUCAGACUCCAUAUCCAGUACAGGAGGUGUGUCAGUGCAAUCACAAAUACUGUUUUAAUCACACACAAAGGUUUAAGCCUGACAUGUAGUCGGAGCCUUCCAUGUCUUUGUCCAGCUGGACGGCGCUCAUCCUCUGGGAUUAUCUUCACAGACACUGGGCUAAACUCAAGGGCGGGGACCGGUGCUGGGAUGUGCUGCCGGGCCAGAACGGCCAUGUGUGCGGCUCCUGACUGAAGCGGGGAGCCGGCGCUGAGCCCUGUGGCAUCUGUGCCAAGGAUCAGCAGAUGGGAACACGCACGUAGACGCGAGGCCGUCUGCGGCUAAUGAGCUCCUUGUGAAGAAAGUUGUAAAUUGCUGUGAUUUGGAAAGUUUUGUCAAAUAAAGAGAGGGACUUUUCAGAGUGUUAGUGACUCGCAGUACAAUAAACACUGGAGCGAUACCAAGCCCCACUCAGCAAAUAUUAUUGUGAUGAAUAAACCAAAGAUAUUUCUCUUUCAGUCUAGUUUAUUCCCUUCUUGGUAAAAUCACAAGCAUCAGGUUUCUCCACAUCUUUGCUGUGAAGUGUCACUUGAGUGGAACUAAUUGAAGAUGGAUCGUGUCAUAUUAUUAUUUGUGGGACAAAUGUUCUUCAUCCAGUCAGAAGCUGUUUAUGUUUCUGUUGACUCUCUCCCUUUCAACUAGCUGUACACGCUUUGUGCUUGGUCCCUUCACACGCGUGGCUUCUCUGUGACAUAUACUGCGGUGGAUUCCUCAUUACUCAGUGGUACAGUCAAGUGCUUGAGACCGUGUUGAGGCCGUACUUCUCGACAGCGUGGCGUCCUGUGAGUGGGCUGGUUUUAAUGCUACAGCGUCUGCAGUACCUUUCUGAUGCCCGUGCUAUUUUCAUACCUACAGUACGGUUUCUUUUGUAUCUGAAAUGUGCAUUACAACCAAUGAAGACAAUAUGGAAUAAAGUUUUUAUCAUAAAUGUA